GCGCGGCGGUAAUAGUCUUCCCAGGUCCAACACACCUCCAGCUCGCGGUAUACACACUGGACCCUCUAUACAUGUCGUCAACGUUGAAAAAAUAUGAAAAUUUUCUCGUGAAAAACGUCUCUACCAUCUCCACCCUCGAAUCCUCACUGAGGUCUGUAACAUGGUUUCUACCUGGACGGUUCAAAGACGCCGAUCUUGCUUCGGAGGGUCGUCAGUAUUAACAUUGCUAUAAUUCUUUGUUUGGUUCAAGCAAUAACGUGCGGUCUUAGUGUCUGCGAUACUCCAUGUAUCCAGCAUGUAUCAUGAUACCCUCCUGGCCAGAGUUGUGCAGAGUGACCCUCAUUGGAAGCCUAUCCUUCCCACCCCCUUGCACACGCGCUAUACCCGCGCCUGGUCAGACAAGGUCACAUUAUACAAAUGGGCUGCUCGAUCUUUAGAGCUUAUUCGCUUUACUCAACUUCUUAUUGAAAUGUUGCUUCGGAGGAAAGUCUCAGACAAGAACCGGUGGAGAGGUAUUGUGUUCCUCGAAACUGUGAAAAUGAUUCUACGGUUUACGUUACUCAAAGUCACGACAAGACCACUUUUGUCUCCUCCAAUUCCGGAACGCGACAUUGAUCCAGCAUCGAUGCCCCCUAGCUCUACGCACACUUCUCCGACGCUUGCUCCCACUUCUCCAUCACCGUCUUCCCCACCUACUCCGGAUCAUCUGAAGAAUAAUCACAUUCCCUUGCAGCCAAAUGCUUUGAUGCUCACCCCCGCACCACCUGCCCGUGCUGACACAUCAGUGGAGGAUUAUCUCCUCCCUAAAGCUCUUACAACGUCAUCUGUCAAGCCCUCUAUGCUACUGAUGAAGCCUAUGUCAUCACCCUUGGAGUGGGUUUCCGAGUGCAUCUAUAUCAUUCGCCCCUUGGUUUAUGCGAGUAUGUUAAGCACCAAGAAACACGAGGGCAAGGCUCUCGUGACUGCGUUUGCGAUGGAGCUUAUCUCUCGUAGUUUGAGGCGGACGCCAUCACAUUCUGCAGAUCUAGAACGUGAAGAAUAUGCCCGCAGGGACAGGGAUAUUCUUUGGUACCUUCUGCGUGGCUCUGUAUGGGAGACGUAUUCGAGGUUUGUACAUUUUAUGCCACUUUUGCUGAAGCGUAAUAUCACAAACCUUUUUAGACCCAAGGUUGAGGCUGUAGUGGAGAAGACCGCUAAUACGCCAAUACUUGGAAUCAUCAGUUCUCUCGUGAAGGAUUGGAUACCUCUUGUUGAUGAAUAUUAUUAUUGUGAGUAUUUUUGAUGGAUCCUUGCUCUCGCUGACAGUGACUGGCGCCAGAUACUGCUCCUUAAAUGCUAGCGUGCUAUCGAUGUCAUCUUCCUCCCAAUUUCAUGUACAAUGUUGUACCUAUGUACUUAAACAUUGCUAUAGUGUCGGUGUCUUGGCGUUCUACCUUUACCUCUUCAGGAAACAAGCGAACUCUUGUCAGUAACCUUGCACGAACCUAUCGGUGUUGAUGCGACCAUACAGAGACAUAUAUUUGGAUUUCUCGCUGUCUCACUCUUCCCUCGGUCCGUUAUAUCCGACUGAGG